CCCGUCAGCCCGAGGAUUCCUUCGUCGCUCAGCUUCGCGUCGGCCCGGCCCGGCCCGGCCCGGCCAGCGGGCAGAUGCCCCGAGCUGCCGCUGCCGACGCCGCCGAGUCGGCCGGUGGCGGUGUGGGAGGCGGGCGUCCGGCCCCGGGCCGCUGAGUGUGACGGACGGGGCCGGGGGCCGCCGGGCGCCGCGGCGUCUGCGGCUCCGCGCGGACCAUGUAUUUCCUGAGCGGCUGGCCCAAGAGGCUGCUGUGCCCUCUGGGCACCCCGGCCGAGGCGCCCUUCCACGUUCAGUCCGACCCCCAGAGGACUUUCUUCGCCGUGCUGGCCCCGGUCCGCCUCAGCAUCUGGUACAGCCGACCUAGUGUGUUAAUUGUAACCUACAAGGAACCUGAAAAAUCAUCAUCUCAGUUUGGAUCCUACAAACAAGCUGAAUGGAGGCCAGAUAGUACCAUGAUAGCUGUGUCAACUGCAUAUGGCUACAUCUUGUUUUUUCAUAUUACAUCUACAAGAGGGGACAAGUACCUCUAUGAACCAGUGUAUCCCAAAGGAAGUCCACAAAUGAAGGGGACACCCCAUUUUAAGGAAGAACAGUGUGCUCCAGCAUUAAAUUUAGAAAUGAGGAAAAUACUGGAUUUGCAAGCACCCAUCAUGAGUUUACAGUCUGUGCUGGAAGAUCUCCUCGUUGCUACUUCUGAUGGACUCCUUCAUCUUAUUCACUGGGAAGGAAUGACAAAUGGAAGGAAGGCUAUUAAUCUUUGCACAGUACCUUUUUCAGUAGAUCUGCAGUCAUCUAGAGCAGGUUCAUUCCUGGGUUUUGCAGAUGUGCACAUCAGAGACAUGGAAUACUGUGCCACACUUGAUGGGUUUGCUGUUGUGUUUAACGAUGGUAAAAUUGGAUUUAUUACACCAGUGUCAAGUAGAUUUACUGCAGAGCAGCUUCAUGGAGUUUGGCCACAAGAUGUUGUUGAUGGAACUUGUGUAGCAGUAAAUAACAAGUAUCGACUCAUGGCAUUUGGUUGUGCAAGUGGUUCUGUACAGGUUUAUACAAUAGAUAACACCACCGGAGCUAUGCUGCUGUCCCAUAAACUAGAGCUAACAGCAAAACAGUAUCCUGAUAUUUGGAACAAAACAGGAGCUGUUAAAUUAGUCAAAUGGUCCCCUGACAACAGUGUUGUAAUAGUGACCUGGGAGAAUGGAGGCCUUUCUCUGUGGAGUGUGUUUGGAGCCCAGCUGAUUUGUACACUUGGAGGAGAUUUUGCCUAUAGGUCUGAUGGUACCAAAAAAGAUCCCCUUAAGAUCAACUCUAUGAGCUGGGGUGCAGAAGGCUAUCACCUCUGGGUGGUCAGCGGCUUUGGUGCUCACAACACUGGAAUUGAAUCUGAUUCCAAGAGUGUAGUUAAACAGCCUGGCAUUCUGCUGUUUCAGUUUAUCAAGAGUGUACUCACUGUAAACCCCUGUAUGAGUAACCAGGAGCAAGUGCUGCUUCAGGGGGAGGAUCGAUUGUACUUGAACUGCGGCGAGGCCUCGCAAACGCAGAGUGCCAGGAGUUCCUCAGCACGCUCUGAGCGCAAGGCUGGUGGGGGCAGGAGCCCCUUUGCAGACAGCGGUUUGGAGUCUCAGGGUUUAAGCACUUUGCUUGGACAUCGGCAUUGGCAUGUGGUACAGAUUUCCAACACCUAUCUAGAGAGCAAUUGGCCUAUACGGUUUUCAGCUAUUGAUAAACUUGGACAGAAUAUUGCUGUGGUUGGCAAGUUUGGUUUUGCACAUUACUCUUUACUCACCAAAAAAUGGAAACUUUUUGGAAACAUUACCCAGGAGCAAAAUAUGAUUGUGACAGGUGGCUUAGCCUGGUGGAAUGAUUUUAUUGUCCUGGCAUGUUAUAACAUAAGUGACCGUCAAGAAGAGCUCAGAGUCUACCUGCGUACAUCAAACCUGGACAACGCGUUCGCCCACGUCACCAGAGCACAAGCGGAAACACUGCUGCUUAGUGUCUUCCGGGACGUGGUGGUAGUGUUCAGAGCAGACUGUUCCAUCUGCCUGUACAGCAUUGAAAGAAAGUCUGAUGGUCCGAGUACUACUGCCGGCGUUCAGGUUCUUCAGGAAGUGUCCAUGUCACGCUACAUUCCUCACCCUUUCCUGGUAGUUUCAGUCACUCUCACUUCCGUGAGCACAGAGAAUGGAAUCACCCUGAAGAUGCCACAGCAGGCUCGUGAUGCAGAGAGCAUCAUGCUGAAUCUCGCAGGACAGCUCAUCAUGAUGCAGAGGGACAGAUCAGGCCCUCAGAUCCGGGAGAAGGACAGUAACCCCAACCAGAGGAAACUCCUGCCAUUCUGCCCUCCUGUCGUCCUCGCCCAGUCUGUUGAGAAUGUCUGGACUACGUGUCGCGCAAAUAAACAGAAGCGUCACCUCCUGGAGGCCCUCUGGCUGAGCUGCGGAGGCGCAGGGAUGAAAGUGUGGCUCCCGCUCUUCCCCAGGGAUCACCGCAAGCCCCAUUCCUUCUUGUCCCAGCGGAUCAUGCUGCCUUUUCACAUCAAUAUCUACCCACUGGCUGUUCUGUUUGAAGACGCGUUAGUCCUCGGUGCUGUCAAUGACACUUUGCUCUAUGAUUCCUUGUACACUCGGAGCAGCGCUAGGGAGCAGCUGGAGGUGCUCUUCCCGUACUGUGUUGUGGAGAGAACCUCUCAGAUCUACCUCCACCACAUUCUGCGGCAGCUGCUGGUCAGGAACCUUGGGGAGCAGGCCUUGCUCUUAGCCCAGUCGUGCGCCGCUUUACCUUACUUCCCUCAUGUGCUGGAGCUCAUGCUCCACGAAGUGCUGGAAGAAGAAGCUACCUCACGGGAACCCAUCCCCGACCCUCUGCUUCCCACUGUGGCCAAGUUCAUCACCGAAUUCCCCCUCUUCCUGCAGACAGUCGUUCAUUGUGCCAGAAAGACUGAAUACGCCCUGUGGAAUUACCUUUUCGCAGCUGUUGGAAACCCCAAGGACUUGUUUGAGGAAUGCUUGAUGGCUCAGGAUUUGGACACAGCUGCCUCUUACCUUAUUAUCUUACAGAAUAUGGAAGUCCCAGCGGUAAGUAGGCAACAUGCCACCCUUCUGUUCAACACAGCCCUGGAACAAGGCAAAUGGGACCUAUGUCGACACAUGAUACGAUUUCUUAAAGCCAUUGGCUCUGGAGAAUCUGAGACCCCUCCAUCCACACCUACUGCUCAGGAACCCAGUUCAAGUGGCGGAUUUGAGUUCUUCAGGAAUCGAAGCAUCAGUUUAUCCCAGUCAGCUGAAAAUGUUCCUGCUAGUAAAUUCAGCUUACAGAAAACACUGAGUAUGCCGUCUGGUCCUUCUGGAAAAAGGUGGAGCAAGGACAGUGACUGCGCCGAGAACAUGUAUAUUGACAUGAUGCUCUGGAGACACGCUCGGCGUCUCUUGGAAGAAGUUCGGCUGAAGGACCUCGGCUGCUUUGCAGCCCAGCUGGGCUUCGAACUCAUUAGUUGGCUGUGCAAGGAGCGCACUCGGGCCGCACGGGUGGACAACUUCGUGCUGGCCCUGAAGAGACUUCACAAAGACUUCCUAUGGCCGCUUCCCAUCAUCCCAGCCUCUUCUCUCAGCUCUCCUUUCAAGAACGGAAAAUACCGAACAGUAGGAGAGCAGCUGUUAAAGUCCCAAUCAGCGGACCCUUUUUUAAGCCUUGAGAUAGACACGGGUGUCUCUCAUGUACAACGAAGUCAGAGCUGGCUUGGCAACAUCGGCCCCACCCCUCAUGAGAUCGACCCAGCCUCGUCCCAUGGACCACAGAUGCAAGACGCCUUCCUGUCACCUUUAUCUAAUAAAGGUGACGAAUGCAGUAUCGGUUCAGCCACAGACUUGACUGAAAGUAGCUCUGUGGUGGACGGAGACUGGACAAUGGUGGAUGAAAACUUCUCCACACUCAGUCUGACCCAGUCAGAGCUGGAGCACAUCUCCAUGGAGCUAGCGAGUAAGGGGCCUCACAAAUCCCAGGUCCAGCUUCGGUACUUGCUGCACAUCUUCAUGGAGGCAGGAUGUCUGGACUGGUGCGUUGUCAUAGGCCUGAUUCUUAGAGAGUCCUCAAUAAUCAACCAGAUCGUGGUUCUCAUCCAGUCUUCAGAGGUGGACGGAGAGAUGUUGCAGAACAUAAAGACGGGGCUGCACGCCAUAGACCGAUGGGCCUCUACAGACUGUCCUGGAUAUAAGCCAUUUUUAAACAUCAUUAAGCCGCAAGUACAGAAGCUCAGCGAACUCACGGAGGAGCAGGUCCAGCCCGAAGCCUUCCAGCCCGUCACCGUGGGCAAGACCCCCGAACACGCCGGUCCCCGUGCAGAGGAAAAUCGGGGCUCCUUGGGCCACGGAAGUGUCCCCCAGGGCGAGGUCGGAGGUGGCAGUCUGGUCAGCCGGAAGGAGGAGGACGCGACCCGAGCGGAGGAGGAGGAAUCUUUUCAGGACGGGACUUACGACUGUUCUGUGUCCUAACGACGGUGGCAGGCCGUCACCGCGGGCAGUAUUCCUUCGCAGCAGCGUGCCACUGAGGACACUGUGACCUACUUGGACGAUUGGACCAGGGAGAGAACUCAGAGACUCUGGUAAGGUAGUAUUAAAUUUUAACUCUUUCUCCUCUAGGAAAUCUCGGACUCUGUGAAAAUGUGAUAUCAAAUCAUUUUUCAUAAAAAAAUUUUUUAAGCUGCAGCGGGAAGUAAUAAAAAGUAUUAUACAGUUGUACAGGAGGAUGUUUUGGUUUUAUUCUUAAAGGGUGGUAGCUCCUAAACCAUAGGGAUUGUUUUGCCCUAGAUGAGCCUCCCUUUUAGGACGUGUAGCUUCUUAGGCUUCCUGAUUCAGCGGGAGUCCAGGCUGCUUCUGGAAGAUAAAUGCUGAGGCGCUUGCAGGAGCUCAUUAGGCCCUGAGCUCCCCGUGCGCCCCUUUGGAUCGAGCGCGCUGGACUCCUGCACUGGCCUCCUAGCAGAGGCCUGCCCUGGCCAGCAGUGGCUGUCGUGAUGGGGACCUGUCCUUGGCUGUCUUUAGCCUUUAAAUCCCAGUCCCGACUCGGUGGGAGCUACAGGCCUGUGAGUCAGUGCGCCUGCUUCCCUUAGCGGCUUGGUUCCCGCUGGAUCAGCUCGGCAGAGGCCUGGGGGCGCUUCCGACUAUGCUGUUAGAUACCACUAAACUAUUUUGUAUCAGAGAACUGUAUCUUUUUGUGAAUACUCUUGUGUAAAUAGACUCAAAGGGCACUGUCCAUAUUUUUAGGGCUUAUAUUAUAAUUGGUAAGGUUUGAUGCUGGAUUCUGCACGGCAGUACUCACUCGUGGAAGGAGAUGGGGCCCGCUCUUUCCAGACGGGAGCAUCUUCACAGGAAAAAGCAGGGUCAUUGGCCUGGUCAUACAGUAAUGGAAAUGGUCACACUGAUCAUGAAUGAAACAGGUUUUGUGCAAAUUAAUGUAGUUUCUUAUUUAUUGCUUUUGUAAAUUGAAUAAAAAUGGACCUUUAUGUAAGUAGACUGCUGAAUCUUGUACUAUCACGGUUACUAAAAAUCACUCUGUGAAGAAUGCAUUCUUCAUUGUAACUUUUAAAAUAUUUUAUGUAUUUCUAGAUAUGACUUAAUGUUAGUUUUCAUACAUUAUGAAAACCUAUCUGCAUACUCCUUAAUGGCUUCAGAUCAAACACAUACCCACUGUAUGUACUUCCAGUUACCUUAUAUCAGUAUUAAUUUACAUAGCUUGUUUGUACUGUGCAAUUUAAACAAAGGAAUGCAAUGUUAUUUUUUACAAAAACAAACUUGUUUAUUUUUGUAAUAACAGUUUAUCUUGAGGUGGACCAAAUUCAUACCACUAUGUAAAACAGCCUCUCUUCUCAUAGUGCAAUUACGGUUUAGAAAUAAAACUUGGUCCUCUACCCUUGCUUUUUAAAGUAAAUGGCUAGAUACAGUUGUCCUAGCCUGGGUUUCCUUGGAAGGGAAACUCAAAACCAUUUUGAAAUUCCUUAGUCCAAAAUUCAUCAAACUUUUAAAUUAUUCAGUUUGGUAAUUUACUAUCAUUUACUUUCUACAUUACAAGUGCAAUAAUUUCACGUACUAGAACAACUGGUUGGGUGGGAUAUGUGGUGAUGGUACCUGGUCCUUCUGGUGCUACUUUAUUUAAGCCUUUGUUUUAAACCACCUUUCCCUGAAUCUUAUAAAAAAAUGUGUCCCAUGUGAGUACAUGCAGCCCAGAAACUAACCUGAAACUUCUCCUGCCCUAGUCCAUUAGGAGGAGAACAAGCAUUAUUUUUGUGUUUGGUGUGAAUAUACAGUCAAUAAAAUGAUUUAUUGUUGUAAACAGCUGUUGCUCCUUUCCAGUCUCCAUGUGCUGCUGGGUUCAUCUCGUCUCACAGCAGGGCACCCACAGGUUAACUGAGCUCCUGGGGCUGACCUCCCGAAUGAGUCUUUGUCCCUGAACUUGUUUCCCAAGUAAUAGAAAUGGGCGACCUGAAGGAAGAAAAAUUGGCUGGUUUACAGAACGUUUCUGUUUGGUAAUUUGUUAUUUAUUUUACUUUUUUAAAACUUUUAUUUUGUCUUGUUUGGUUCACGUAUCAACUGUUGAAGCAUAAUUUUAACCAAUGAAUUUAAGUAUUCAGUAUAACUAUUUGAAGAUUAUUUGCUGACACCAAAACAAGAGUCAUUUUGGGCAGUGAAGUCAACCUUUGCUUGUAAUUAAAGUUGCUGCUACUUCUGUAAUGUGUAUUUUUUUUUCUAAUUUGGUGAAGGGCAAUAAAACCAUUACAUGAACUUUGUUUAUUCAACACCUCAGCUUUAACAGCAAAAAGUAUGUUUAUUAAAAGCCAUGGAAAUCUUUUCAUUAUGUAAUUCCACCUUUUAGAAUUUUCCUUAUGAAGUAACUCACACAGAUUUCAAACUCGUAUGCAGUAUUAUUUAGAAUAGGAGCAACAGGGAUCGGCGGCGGCCUCUAUGCCUGACUGUAGAAGCUGGAAGAGAAGUCCAUCUUGAGGACAUGGAAAAUGUUCACAAUAAAAAUGAUUUCCACCAAACCAAACGCUGUAAGUAUAGUGGAGACCGGGCCCUGUCUCUAACAGGUGGCAUUCAAAGUGAUUGAGUUCCCCAGUUCCCUAAGUUUUUGUCCCUGUGGAUUUCCUUCUUAGGGACGUCUCGUGUAAAUGGAAUCCUUGAUCAGUGGCUUUUUCUGUGGCUUCUUUCACUUCGCAGGACAUUUUCAAGGUUCAUCUUUGUACAUUAGUAGUCGUUCGUAGCCUAAGUUCCACUUUCUGGAUAGACUGGUUUUAUUUAUCCAUUCACCAGUAGAGGGCUGUUUGGGUGGUUACUACUGUUCGACAGUCAUGAACAUUCACGUACAAGUUCCCAUGUGGGCGGAAGUUUUCAGUUCUCUCGAGGAGGGAGAAUGCUUGGUCACAUACCUGGUUCAUGUUCUGAAGAAAUGCCCAAGCACAUUCCCAAGUGCCUGCGGUGGGCUCCGAGUUCUCCCCUCCGCCCUGGUUGCUGGCAGUGGUUUUGCUUACCGCCUGAGUCGCGUAGGAAGCCGGGCGUCAUCAUGGCGUAGGUGAGGGUUUGCGUGGUGGCGAGUCUCUUCAUAGUUAUUAGCCAUUUGCGUAUCUUUAGAGAAAAAUGCCCAAAUCAUCUGCCCGUUUCACAGUUGGGUCAUUUAUCCUUUUAUGGUUGAUUUGCAAGAUAUGAGACCCUUAUCAGAUAGGAUUUGCAAGUGUUUUCUCAUUCCUAAGGCUUGUGACUUUUGGGAUGGUCCUUUGAAACGUAAAAGUUUUUCAUUUGGGGGAGUCUAACUUCUCUGGUUGCUUGUGCUUUGGUGUCUGUGAGGAACCACUGCCUAGGGUUACUGGCGACCUGUGCCUCUGUUUUCCUCUGAGAGCUUUUAGUUUUUUACAGUUUUAGCUAUUUAGGUCUUUGACCCUUUUGAGGUUUGGGGAUUUUUUUUUUUUGCGUUCGGUGCGAAGUGAGGGGUCUUUGUUCGCUCUGUGUGCGGAUAUUCAGUUGUCCCAGCACCAUUUACUGAAAAGGGUUUUUUUUUCCUCAUUGAAUUGCCAAAAAAGAUCAUUUGACUGUAAACAUGGAUUUAUUUGUGGACUCUCAGUCUCCCUUCUUACUGCCGGUACCACGCGGUCUCGGUUACUGUUCCUGCUUUGUGGGAAGUUCUGACUCUGUGACUCGUAAGUUGCUGUUGCGGGUCCCUCGCAUUUCCGUAGGACUGUUAGGAUUAGCUUAUCAGUUUCUGCACAUACGAGCUGGGAUUGUGUUCAAUUUGCGGAUCAAUUUGGAGAAUAUGGCCAUCCUAAUUAAGCCAAUCCGCAAACAUGGGAUUUCUUUCAGCGGGGUUUAGUUCUAGUGUCAAAGUCCUGUACUUUUGUAAGCUUAGUCCUAAGUAUUUUAUCUUCUUGUUGUAGAAAUACAGUUGCUUAUCGGUGUAUCGAUAGCACUUUCCGUAACACUGCUGAAUUCAUGUAUUAACAUUUUUUUUUUUUUUGGUGGAUUCCUUAGGAUUUGCUCUAUAAAUCUGUCCUUUCUCAUCUGGAUGCAUUUGUCAAACUGCCCUGUACUAUACGCAGUAGCAGUGGCCGUGGCGGACCUGCUGGUCUUCUUCUGACCUUACAGGGAAGCUCGCAGGCUUUCAUCACAGAUGAGGUUAGCUGUGAGUUUUCAUAGGAGGGAACUUCCUCACCCUGGUAAAGGUGCUCUGUCAAUUGAGAUGGUGUAUUACGUCGACUUUUCAGGUGUUAGACCAGCUUCUCACACCUUGACUAAAUCCCACCUGGUCAUGUAUAGAGCCAAACUUGAAGAAAUAUAUCAGUAUAUUAAGGUUUUUACAAAUCAAAUAAGGAAUAAGAAAAGAUAUUUUCCAAAUGAAAAGAACCAGGCAUAAAGAGGCCGAAAUGCAUUUUGGCUUUAUUGGCCCUAAAAGGCUGCAAGGUGCGCACCACACUGCUCGGAGUGACUUCACGGAGAAAGCAAAAUGAUUUGCAUAGGAACCUGGUCUGGGGAGUGGCAGGGCCCCUGCCCCCUCCUUGGGUGGAGAGGAGAGCGAGUGGUGGGCCACUGGCUGAAAGACCGUUUCUUCUCCCUGCCCCCACAGUCCUUCAGGAUAAGCCCUUCAGUGAUUUUCUUUGUCAAUGGAGAGGAUUUUAAAAAGCUCAACAUUUAACAAAAUAUGCACAAUUUCAUUCCACAGUAAAAAGCAUCCCAGUAUUUCUUUGUUGAGCUCUUUGCUCACAUACCCGUUCUACCCACAUGAGCCACCCAGGUCUUUUAAAAAGCAAUUUUUAAAAAAAAACUUCAAAAAGGCUCUGUAGACUUGAAAUAACUCUUCAAAGAUGGGGAUACCAAAGAACAAACAAUGAACAUCUGGUUUUUCUGUUAAAGAUACUAACUAGUAGGUUAAAAAGUUUAUUUCAGUAAUGUAAGGCAACAAUUAAUCCUCAGCAAGUCAGCAGACCAGGGAAAAGAAAGACCGUCGUUCUUCCUACGGCUUCCUGAGCGGCUGCCUUAAGGCCCCUUCAGUGGAGGCAUCGCAGCAAUGCUGCCUCCUCACUUCCAUCAGCUAAACUGUGGAAACAGAUACUUCAUGCAACAGUCUUUCCUGUCAGACACAAGGUAAGUUUUAAACAUUUUCUUCAAAACCACAGUUCACUUUUUCACUGAAUGUGCAGUACUGGGCUACUUCUAAAUUCUGUAGGAAAAACUGCAUUUGUUAGAAUUUGGAAAGACCCGUUUAGAAGUGAGUUUUGAAUGAUGAGCUACUCCAGUCUGAGAGGCUGCUGCCUGCCCUGAAGGUGCGCUGAGAGACGAGCACGUCUAUGUCCUCCCCGUCUGCGGCGAAGAUGCUGCUCACCGAGGAAAGUAACGUGGGGGCAGCAAAGAAAACCAUGAUUAUUACCGAAAGGGAAUCACAUCCUCCCCAAAGGG